CUUUUCUUUGUCCUUUUAACACGGUAGCUGCAGAGGAACAGAGGAACCGAGCUCUGCUCGCUCAUUCAUCUGCCGCUCUCUCUCCGCCCUCUUUCUACAUCCCCCCACUGCAGUUUCAGUCAAUCUUGUUAAAAGGGUAAAAUUGAAGAAUUUGUGAAGAUUCAAGUUUCAUGGUUGAAUGGUGUUGCAGUUUCUGCGGUUUUAGUAAUUAACCCCUUAAUUUGUGUCGCCCUUAUUUAUUUGUUACGAUGUGGGGUUUUGCUUCAAAUGCUUUCACAAGCGUUGGACUAAAAAGAAGCUCAUCAGAGCCGAGUCAGGUUUGCUUGGACUCCUCGGACGAUGAAGUCUGCUCGAAUUCAAGCCGAGAGGAAGGGUUAGAAUGCCCUAUAUGCCUGGAAUCUUUCAACAUUGUCGAGAAUGUGCCCCAUGUCUUAUGGUGCGGUCAUACCCUGUGUAGAAACUGUGUCUUGGGGCUUCAAUGGGCUCUCGUAAAAUUAUCCUCUCAAAAGUUUAAGAUCCCAUUUUUCAUUUCUUGCCCUUGGUGCCACCAGUUGUCUUUGCGGCUGAUUUAUAAGGGUAAUCUAAAGUUUCCUCGCAAGAAUUUCUUCCUUCUGUGGAUGGUUGAGAGCUUUAAUGGUGAUAGGUUAAAGUUUGUUCCUGCAAUCAGUGGGGAAAAUCAACUAAUUGGUUCUCCAAUAGCAAGUUUGGCUAUUGGAAAUCAAGCUGCCAACGGUAACCUGAGGAGGAACCAUUCUAGUUGUCCUUCACUUUCAAGGCAUAACCGUGAUGAUAGGGGUGGCCAUGUGGAGCGGCAUCAAUUCUCCCUGCACAAGUCUUUGGAUUGCUUCAUUCACAUUACUUCCAAGUUCCCAUUAGUCAUAUUGUUUCUCGUGAUUGCAUUUUUCGCAAUACCUGGCAGUGCUAUUAUUUUGGCAAUCUACUUGUUACUCACAGUUGUUUUUGCAAUUCCAUCUUUCUUGUUGUUGUACUUUGCAUACCCUAUUUUGGAUAGGCUGGUAAAGGAGAUAAGCUCGUGACACAUCAAAUUGAGUCUUCGCUAUCCAAAGCCUUCUCAGAUUCUGUUGUGUGUAUGACAGUGGAAGUUUCAAGAGUGUAUGUGGCAAGUUUUCUUGGGUAAUUUGUAAGUUCCGACUUCUGUGUCUAAAUGAUCAUCACUGAUGUAACUAUCAUUAUUAGUUUGAAGUAGCUGAUUUCCUUUUGCCCAA